UAAAAUAAUGUCUAAUUCGCGAGAUUUUAGCGAAAAAGUAGUGCUAAUCACGGGCUCGAGCGGUGGUAUCGGCGCCACCACUGCCGUAGAGUUUGCCCGAAACGGCGCACAAGUGGUCAUCACUGGACGAAAUGCCGACAAACUGUCAGAUGUGGCCAAAGAGUGUCUGAAAGUGUCGCCCAAAGGUCUGACACCUCUGGAUUCCAGAGUCUGGAAGUGGUCGGAGAUCAAAGAUGAUGACUGCAAGCGACUGAUUGACACCACUAUUAAAACCUAUGGUAAACUCGAUGUGUUGGUCAACAACGCCGGGUUUGCAAAGGAAACUCCGAUUACGGGCAUUAAUAUUAUGGACAAAUACAAGGAUAUAAUGGACACAAACCUGCGUUCAGUCGUCUAUUUAACGCAUCUAUCGGUCGAACACUUGGAGAAAACUAAAGGCAAUAUCAUAAACAUGUCGAGUAUUGCCGGCUUAAAACCUUUUAAUGGAGUUUCCGUAUACUGUAUGUCGAAAUGCGCCCUGGACAUGUUCACCCAAUGCCUAGCGCUGGAGCUAGGUCCUAACGGCAUUAGGGUAAACGCAAUUAAUCCGGGUCACGUAAAGACCGGAAUCAUGGAAGUGAUGGGGUAUUCAAAGAGCCAAUCGGAUGCCAGUUAUGAAGAGUUGGCCAAAAUGUAUCCGUUGUCUCGCGUGGGAGAGUCCAUAGACGUCGCGAACGCCGUACUAUUCAUGGCCUCAGACGAGGCCUCGUUUGUGACGGGUAUUAACUUUACGGUCGACGGCGGCGCCCGAUAUGCCAUU